CGGGGCGGCGGCGGUGGUGGUGGCGCUAGCUAUGAGCGUACCGUAGCGUGACGUCAUGUCAUAUGAUUCUCCCAAACACAGCAGACGAAACACUGGCUCGGGAUGUCUGUAGCAGCAGCUCAGGGAAAGCUUAUUGCCGUCAUUGGCGAUGAGGACACAUGUGUUGGCUUCCUUCUUGGAGGCAUCGGUGAGGUGAACAAGAAGAGGGAACCCAACUUCUUGGUUGUGGAUAAAAACACCAGUGUUCAAGAAAUUGAGGACUGCUACAAGAAGUUCAUGAAGAGAGAUGAUAUUGAUAUAAUUCUCAUCAACCAGAACAUUGCUGAGCAAAUUCGCCAUGUCAUUGACAGUGACAAUGACAAUCCCCUUCCAGCUGUUCUUGAGAUACCUUCCAAGGACCAUCCCUAUGACCCAACCAAAGAUUCAGUACUGCGUCGAGCCAAGGGUCUGUACAGUGCUGAUGACAUGCGUUGAGCAGAACCAGUGGAUCAUCUGCCAGGGAGGGAGUGGCACCACCAGCCUCUCCCUGACCAACAUUCCGUUAUGACUGUUGUGUAGUCUUGAUAGCAAUGUGGAGACUAGUGUGUGUGUUUUUCAUGUCAGCUGUUUAAGAUAGAUGAUUGUAAGUCUACUGAAAGAUGAAAUUUUGAUGUAAUGUUUCCACUGGAAGUGCAAAUUUGCUUCAUCCUUAGUACUGAAUUUGUAAUACCAUUUUUACUGAAGUUAUUUAUCUUUAUCAGAUUUUGGGAACAUGGUUAAAUUUGUUAUUAUUAUUAUUAUUAUCAUUAUGGUAAUAUGUAAUUAUAUUUUGGUGUGUGUAUAUAUCAGAGAUCUUCAUAAUGUGAAUGAACCUGUCAGAUUUUUAUUAAGAUAUCUUAAAAACAGAAAAUAGAAGGCUUUUGUUUCACAACACUUGAUUAGACAUUAUAUUUCAUUAUAAGAAAUCAUGCACAAAAAUAUGAAAUAUAACUUGAAAGAUGAUACAGAAACAUGAUGAAAUUACUGUGCAACAAUUGUAUAUGUCUGUCACUGUUUCCUUUUCGUUUUCUUUAUAAAAGUCUGUCUUCCUCUUGAUAAACUGAUGUUAUGCUUCACUUCAUUAGAGACAGGUGGUGGAAACUCUACUCUUCUUUAACUCUGAGGUUUGUCUCUUUUCAACCACAUUGUAAUAAAACUUGUAAAUGCAAAUUGUGUCAAGGGUUGUGCUUUGCUGUAAACAUACUGCUUGUUACUUUUUUUUCUAUUUUGUGGAUAGUGUUUGUAUAAAUUUACUUUAUGUAGGUGUUGGAAAAAAUUUACUGUUAUGAAUUCUUAAAUAUAUGCCAAAAUGAAGCACA